AUGAAGCUCCUUCUCCUUCUGCUGGCAGCGCCUGCUGCUGCUCUCUCCUUGCUGCAGAAAGGAGACAGCAUUUCUCUGUCUCCUUGGCUUACUUCAUCAUCGGUGCUGCUGCAAGCUAGCAAUGAACUGCAGCAGCAGCAGCCGCGGCAGCAGCUCACUCCUUUUUCCUUCUUGGGGCCCCGCAAGGGCAUUCGGAUUAACGUGAGGCCCUUAAGCCCCCGGCUUCGUGCUAAUGCCGCCCAGCAGCAGCAGCAGGAGCAGCAGCAGCAGCAGCGGCGGCAACGCUUCGGCGAGAUGUACGGAAGACUCAGAGACAGAUCUCCAGCAACAGGCUUCAUGGGUCGUGUGCUGCGUCGUUCUCCCUUUAAAUAUCUGCAGCCUCCGGUGUCUCCUCCUGCUGCAGCGGGUAACGCAGCAGCAGCAGCAGCAGCAGCAGCACUCGGUAGACCCCUCCCCCCUGCUGCAGCAGCAGCGGCGCAGCAACCAGUCAGGCAAUAUAUCCCUCAGCAACAGCAGCAGCAGCGGAUGCUACGCCAAGCCCCUGCAGCAGCAGCGCCGCCCGUGGAGCAGCAGCAGCAACAGCCCCAGCAGCAGCAGCAGCAGCCCGAGCAGCCGGGGGAGUCCCCUCGCUUAGGCGAUUUGGGUUUAGGGGCUCUCCGUUUGUCUUCUGGAGAGACAGCUGGAACGACGCCUUCAGCAACAGCAGCAGCAACAGGAGCAGCACCAGCAGCAAAAAGAGCAGCAGCAGGAGAUUUCGGUCUCCCCGAACCUGUCCCCGCGCCUGCAGCAGAAGAGCAGCAGCAGCAGCAAACUAGACUGCAGCGCGAAACUGUUGCAGUAAUGAAAUAUAAUUUAAAUGUUAAGGAACAGGAUAAAGAUAAAACAGAAACACGGCAGCAGCAGCAGCAGCAGCAUCCGGUGGAGUCUGUCGCUCGCGAUGCCCUCAUUGCAAUGAGCGGAGAAGACCCCUCAAAGAAAGAAAUAAUUAUAAACAAUAUCCGUGAUCCAUUAUCAGGAAAGCAGUUGCUGCAGCGCUGCAGACUAACAGAGUUGCGGAUCCUUGGAGUUGGGGGCACAGGCAUUGUUCUAGCGGUUGGUGUUGUUGCUGCGGCAGAUGCUGCUGUUUUAAACACUAAAGAGCUCGCUCUUAAACUCAUGUUCAAUCAUAUACCUGGGCUGCAGAAGCAGCAGCAGCACUUGCAACAGCUGCAGCAGCAGCAGCAGCAACAGCAACAGGCGCAGCUGCUGCAGCAGGAACGUCAGGAGCUGCUAAAGGCAGUCGGAGCAAGCCUUACAGACCUUCUUGUUCAGGAGUUAGAGCCGCUGCAAGGCAUUGGUGCUGGUGCCGCUGGUGCAGGCGAAGGGGCAGAAGAGGCAGCAGCAGUAUUAGCAGCAGCAACGGCAGCAGCAGCAAGAAGAAGGAGACAGCCUCCCUCCGCUCGUUCUGUUGCUGCAGCAAAUCAAUGGGCAUUGCCGCUAUACGAAGCAACCGUAGGCCCCCCAGAAGCAGCAACAGCAGGAGAAGCAGAAGGAGAAGAAGCAGCAGCAGGAGCAGCAGGAGAAGGAAUAGGAGAAGCAGCAGGAAGUGUAUACGCAUAUAAAGAUUUUGUGUUCCUACAACGCGUGCUUCUAUCAGAAGUAAUGCUUGGAGAUGCAACUCUUCUUCUUUACCAAAGCCCUUAUGCUGCUGCUACAGCAAAACUGUCUCUAGAAGGAAAAGCAUUUGCAUGCAAACAGCUUAUUGAUGCUGCAGCAAAGCUGCAUGCAGCAGGCAUCUGCCACUUUGAUAUAAAACCUGAAAACCUUCUAAUUAAUAAAGAAGGAAAAACGUAUCUUGCAGACUUCGGUAUGACGAGUCGAACGGGGGAAAAAAGAAAAUGCAAUGAAAAGUAUACGCCUUUUUAUAUGGAUCCAGCGCAUGCAUCUUGUGUGCUGCGACAGCAGCAACAUCGUGGUGCGGCAGCAGCCUCAACAGAAGCAGCAGUAGCAGCAGCAACAGCAAAUCCUGCCUAUGAUGCUUGGUCUGUGGGCUUCACUUGCUUUCUUCUCUUCGUCGACGGUGCUGCUGCACCUUAUAAACUCCACAGCAGCAAACAGCUUACUCCUUUUCUUGCUAAUCUUGAUGUUGAUAAUAAUCCUAGAACAAGUGCAGCGAUAUUGCAAUCGUUACCUUCUCCUGCUUCUCAGCUAGCUGCAGCAGGUGUCUCUCCCUUCUGGUGUCAAGUUGUAGGAAGUCUUCUUAACCCCAGCAGAAAGGAAAGAAUUACUCCUCUUCAACUCGUUCGCAAGUAUAAGUAUUGGCCUCUACAAUGA